UAUAAGUGAUAAUUCGAAAUUAGACUUAGAUAACAUUAAUAAUUUGAUUUACUUGUUUUUAAUUACAAAUGAGCUCUUUUAACUACCGUUAUCAAUAGGUUAGGAGGAACGUUAAUGUUUACAAUCUAUCUAAAUAGACUCUGAAAUACUUUUACAGUUUGAUACUUAAAUCUCAAAUAAUAAAAAAAAAUGUGAUUUAUCGUAGUUUCGUGACUAUUUACUGUUAUUAAAAUGUCAUCACUACGGUUAAUUCUUCCCGUAGAGCCAAAAUCGGAAAAUACUGAGAUUUAUUUUAAGGGAUACAUUAAAUCAAACAAUGAUAAUUUGACUACUAUAUACAUUACAAAGUAUUUAAAAAGGACUGCUCUUUUUGAAGAAACUGUAACUAAGACUGAUAGUAUUAUUUAUGGAUAUUAUAGCAAUUUUGAGAAACACAAGUUUAAAUUCAAAUCUUUUACAAACUGUUUGAUCAUAAAUGAUCAAGUAUGUCCACAAAUACAAUAUUUGAGUAUAGGAGGGAAGAAAAUUAAUGAUGUUGACAAUUGCAUAAUUAUUUACUAUGAUCACCAUGCAAUCAAAAAUUCGGAAACAUUGAGUGAAAGUAAUGAUUACAUUUUUGAACUGCAAACUUUAGUGAGGAAUGAUUAUAGAGAGGAGAGAAAUAGAACAGAUUAUGAAGCCACAUUUAAAAAUCCUUCCUGGCUAGCUUCAUCAAUGUUUAUUCAACAUGUAUUUAAUUAUUUAAAUAUGAUCAUUUGGCUCAUAACAUCCAUUAGAAGAAAUAGGAAAAUAUCAAUGAAAGAAGGAAAUUUUAUCUUAUCAAUUUUAGUAGACAUUACUAUUGGGUACCUUAUUUUAGAGUUACUUUUAAAAGACAAAAAAGAUUUAGGCAUACUUUUAAUGGGUAUUUUGGAGAAAUUAGUUAAUCUGAUGUACACUUUGUUGAAAUGGUUAAUGGGAUCUCCAGCAGGACUUAAACUGAAUAAUGCAUUUAAUAAAAUGUUGGGAAGAUAUUUUUCUUAUCACAUUGAACUUUGGUGGCUAUUUUUAGAUGUUUCUGGUGAAAAAUUAAACAUUAUCCUGCAUUUUUAUAGAUAUAUAGGUUACCUAGGUUUCACAUUUCAAGCUGCAAUAAUAGCAGAUAUGAUUUGUAUUGCAACAUUUCAUUCAUAUUGUAUUUAUGUGUAUGCUGCAAGGUUAUUUAAUAUUCAAAUAUCUGGAUUAAUUGCACUACUAAGAUUGUUUGUUGGUAGAAAAUAUAAUCCUUUGAGAGGUGGUAUAGAUUCCUGUGAAUACACAAAUCAAGAAUUAUUUGUGGGUACAGUUGCAUUCACUAUUUUAUUAUUAUUAUUACCUACAACAGUUAUGUAUUACACAGUAUUUACUAUGUUUCGAGUGUUAUCAAUGCUGGUACAAUAUAUACUUAGUAAAUGUAUAUAUUUAGUACAGACUUUACCUCUGUAUGUUGUUGUAUUAUGGAUAGUAAAAUCAACAAAAGUUGCAGGAAAUGUCUUCCUUGAAGUAGUGAGAAAUGAUGAGGCAUCUGCUUUGGUGCUUCAAAUAAAACUAUUUACUGUUUCAUUACAAGAUUUAGUGAAUAACUUCAAACCACCAGUGGAGGUGUCAAAACAUGUUGAAUGGAGUAAUAUAGUAUCAAAUGUCGUCACUGGGAAACAAAUAAUAUAAUAGUGCGAGGUAUUUUAAAACAUAAAUCAAUAAAACACAUUGUAUGCCUCAACUUAGUUUUAUUAUCGUGAAUAAUUGCGCACAAAUUAAAUUGGUCUGGUCACUAUAUAUAAAUGCGUAGUUGCGUAUACCGUUGCAACAGACUUGGGCAAUUUUUAUCUCUUAUACAAAUAAUAAUUGAAAGGCAAACCUACAACUAAAACUUAACUUGUAAAUUUGUAAAGCCAAUCACCAAUUAUUUCAUGUGUUCACCAUAAAUGGGACUUGGACUUUUCAAUCUAAAUUAUAAAUUUAAAUUUAAUACAAUUCAUCCCUGUGAUGCAAUGCAGCCAUGUUUGUAAUAACCGACUUUUAGAGAUUAAAAAAAUGCUAUACUAUGAGCACACAAAACAUAUAUACAAUUUUCUUUCUUUAUAUAUAAAACCAAUUUAUGUUAAUACAUUAUACAUAGAAACAUAAUGUUUCAUUAUGUCGCUUUAGAAUAUUAAAGAUUAUAACAUGUAGAAUAUUUUUGAACUAACUCGAGAAUAUAUCAUACAGUCCAUUACUAUAAAUAUGAUAUUUUUUUAUAGUAAUUAUGAAAGUACUAAAAUUUUGCGCAUACUCAAAAUUAUCGUAAUUAUUGAUAUUAUGUUUACUCUUAACAUCACCUACAGUGAAUACAUUUAUAGGCAAGAAUUAUAUUGUGAGA